UGUUCUUACCCUGGUGUUGGCUGGCCGUGGAGAUGGCGGAGAUGGAGACUCAGAACGCCGGUGCCCAGGACGGCUUUACCCAGGUCACCCGCAAGGGUGGCCGGCGGGCGAAGAAGCGACGGGCUGAGCAGCUGUCCUCCGCGGGCGAGGAAGGAGGCGCCGGGCGCAUGGACACAGAGGCGAGCCGGCCAGCCAAGAGGCCUGUCUUCCCUCCCCUGGCCGGGGACGGAUUCCUGAGCGGGAAAGAAGAAACACGGAAGAUUUCAGUCCCAGCUAAUAGAUACACACCCCUAAAAGAAAACUGGAUGAAGAUAUUUACUCCUAUUGUAGAACAUUUGGGACUUCAGAUACGCUUUAACUUGAAAUCAAGAAACGUAGAAAUCAGAACUUGUAAGGAAACCAAGGAUGUUAGUGCUCUGACAAAAGCAGCUGAUUUUGUGAAGGCCUUUAUUCUUGGGUUUCAAGUGGAGGAUGCACUUGCCCUCAUCAGGCUGGAUGAUCUCUUUCUAGAGACUUUUGAAAUUACAGAUGUUAAGCCCCUCAAAGGAGACCAUCUGUCAAGGGCAAUAGGAAGAAUCGCUGGCAAAGGAGGAAAAACCAAAUUCACCAUAGAGAACGUGACACGGACACGGAUAGUUUUGGCUGAUGUGAAAGUUCACAUCCUUGGAUCUUUCCAAAACAUCAAAAUGGCAAGAACUGCCAUUUGCAAUCUCAUCCUGGGAAAUCCUCCAUCAAAGGUUUACGGCAAUAUUCGAGCUGUGGCUAGCAGAUCAGCAGACCGAUUUUGAUUUCAUAUCAGAAACUUUUUAUCUUUGGACUUCAAAGAAAAAAGCCCAGUGAAGCUGGGGCUAAAGUGGUAGAGAGUUAGCUUUGAGCAAAAAAGCUCAGGGACAGUGCCCAGGCCCUGAGUUCAAGCCCCAGGACCAACAACAAAAGCCCUGGCGUUCUGCAAAUGUCCAUACAAAACCAUGUGGAGAAUGUUUCAGUCACUUUUAAGCUUGGGUCCCUUCCUCCAUUCUCAGUCAGAAGCAUAAACAGAAAGAGAAGGUUUAGGAGUAUUCACAUUCAACAGCUUAUAGAAUAAACAUCAAAUCGAAUACGAUUAUACAUUAAGUAUAAUUUAACAUGUUUCUCACUUUAAAUCUCAUGUAGAUUUGCAGUUUAAAAUCCUCCCAUUUAUAGCAAACUUCUUGUUUAAAUCUUUCUUAUGAACUUUGAAGCUUAUAAAUUUGUAAACAGUUGUGCCCUGUAAAUUGUAAUUUAAAGAAUUGUCUCAGGAAACUUAGGAAGCAUAACCUUAGUUAAUUCCAACAUUAGGUGAAUAUUAUAUAAUCAGGUCAUAAGCAGAAGCUUUGGCUAUGAACCAACCAGUAAGUACUGAUCAUUGCGCUUAUUUCUUUGUAAAAUGGAAGACUUUGUAUUGUAAUGUUGAUAGGAGGAAAGGUUUAUUUUUUAAAUAAGUAUUCAUGAAAGUACUCACACAUUACAAAUGUUGGGUAUAUUUCUCCUCAUGACUAGUGCCUGCCUAUUUAAAUAUGUGAUUAUUUUUAGAAUGGAAGAAAUCAAGCUUAUUAAAUGUGAUUUGAUACUGUAUUCUCUUGUACAUCUUAAAAACCCUAAUCAAACUUUUAAUAAUGGGAGUUUCAAGAAAAUUCAGAAGAACUAAAUGAAAAAAAGUACUUUUUUAAUAA